AUGGAUCUUCGCAAACGUGGAAAAAAUGAUAAAUCUUCUAUAGCACCUGUAGAUUAUGGUGGUGCUGCUGGUUAUGCAGCCGAAUUACGUAAGUGGUUAUUCGCAACGCAGUGUUGGUUAUUCUGCCAUCAAAUGGCAGUAGUGCAGUCACUAGCAUAUGUGUCAUCAUGUAACCGGUCAUCAACCGAAUCACCUCUGGUACCAUCUGCUGCAGUUUCACCUCCACCACAAGCAGCAGCCACUCAUUCAGCUGAUAAUCCUUCCAGCAGAAACCAGUUUAUUCAGCGACGAACAAUUCCAUCUUUUACUCGACGAAUCCUUGCUGAAAUGAUUGAUUCCAUUUUUGCAUUUGCUGCAAAAUUAUUGGUUGUAUAUUUAUUGGUAGAAUUCGGUAUAUUAGAUCUGGAAAAGUAUGACCGUUUAUUGGGUGAUGAGGCUGAUUUGCAAACACUGAUUAAUGUAACGCAAGAAUUAUUUCCUAUUGAAAUGCUGGCUAAGGUUAUUGUAAGUAUUGUGGAGGCAUUGUUUAUAUCAUAUGGAUUCGGAUCAGUUCCUGCUGGACAGACACCGGGAAAAGUUGUUUUGAAUAUUAAGGUGACUACCUGUUAUCAAGUGAUACCAAUACCGGGUAGUGAGGAAGUUAAUGUUGUCCAGACACUCAACGUCCCAUUCAAAAAUUCGUUAUUACGAUCGCUGAUGAAAAAUAUGCUUAUCAAUUUGCUUUUUCCGCUCAGUGCUGUUGCUUAUGCAUUUUCUUACAGUCGUGCUGGAUACGAUAUUGUUGCAAAGACCAUUGUUGUAAAUGCAUAA